UACUGCUUCUCUGGAAGAAUUUCUUCUAUGUAAAACCCUAAGAAAAUUUUGGGCGUCGACCAUGAAGCGAGUGUGGAGAUUCUCUUCACACGCAACCGGUGUUCAGUUGUCACUCUUCCAAUCCCAUUUCAAUGGAUUCUCCCAACCCAAACGCAUUCCCUCCUUCUCCACCGUGCUAUCUUAUCGCCAGCUCAACACGGUGUCAGACACGUUCUCUCACCUCAUUCCAUUGUUCACCGUAAAUGCUUGUUCUUCAACUUCAACCAAAAAGGAUCUCAUCAACGACGUCACUAUUCUUAAGAAUGAACUAAUUCGGGAUUCCUCCGACUAUGUUCAGGUUCAGAGCAUUUUGGACUACAAGUAUGACGAUCUCAGUAGCCGCUACCCCAAGGGAUAUGUGUUCUCGGAACUUAUGUAUCAAUUGAAAUCAAAUCCUUCCCUUGCUCUUCAGGUGUUUAACUGGAGAAGGAAAAGAUGUAGUGCUGAAAACCCUAUGGAUACGAAUGAGUACGCAAAGGGUAUAAUAGCUGCAGGUAGAUCUGGGAAUGUUCAUUUUGCUAUUAAGCUCUUUGAGGAGGCUUCUACCAAAGGUGUCAAGACGACUAGGACUUACAAUGCGCUAAUGAGUGCCUUCUCGGUCAAUGGUCUUGCUGAUCGCUGUCAGUCCUUGUUUUGUGAUCUGAAGAGGGAUUUAACUUGCGAUCCUUCUAUUGUCACAUACAACAUUCUCAUAUCUAGUUUUGGUGGCUUGAUGCUGGUUGAUCACAUGGAAGCAACAUUCCGUGAGAUUGGAAAGUUAGACCUUGCCAUGAAUAUCAAGACUUAUAAUAGCUUAAUUGCUGGAUAUAUCACAGCUUGGAUGUGGGAUGAUAUGGAAAAGGUGUUUCAAAUGUUGAAGUCGAGCCCUGUUCAGCCUAACAUAAAAACCUACCUGCUAAUGCUUCGUGGGUAUGCAAAUUCAGGUAACCUGGAAAAGAUGGAAGAGACGUACUCCAUUGUAAGGGAUCAUGUAAAUGAACAUGAAAUUUCAUUAAUCAGAAAUAUGAUAUGUGCCUAUUAUAGAAGUUCGGAAGCAGAUAAACUUAAGAAGAUAGAGUUGCUAUUGAAGUUUAUUCCAGAAGAGGAGUACAAACCAUGGUUAAAUGUGUUGAUGAUUACACUCUAUGCCAAGGAAGACUUGUUAGAGAAGAUGGAGAAUGCUCUAAAUAAGGCAUUUAAAGAUGGAACAUCUAUUAAAAACAUGGGUAUCUUGAGAUGCAUAGCUGCAACUUAUUAUCGGUGCAAUGCUGUAGAAAAGCUAGAAAAUUUUGUGAGACGUGCUGAAAUAUCUGGGUGGAGUACCUGCCGCUCCUUAUAUCAUUGUAAACUGGUCAUGUAUGGGUCACAGAAGCCCUUACAUGAAUUGUAUCGUGUCCUUGAGAGGAUGGAAAAUGCCAAACUUGCUUGUACGAAGAAAACGUUAUGGAUAAUGCACAAAGCUUACAGCAACCGUGGCCAGAGUCCCAUGGUUUUGAAAACACUGGGGCUAAUGUUCAAACAUGGUUACGAAUUUCCUUUGGACGCAUUUCCAUCAUGAAGUAUAUAUAUCCUGGAGUGAAGAUUAUGUUUCUAAUGACAUUGUUGAUACGAACUCUAAAAGUAGAACCACAACCUUCUCUAAUCAGUACAUGACCCUGAUGUUCCAGGAUCUACCAUUCAAGUUGUAUCUGAAACAUUUUCCAGAGUUUGCCCUCUCUCUCAAAGCUGAGUCCAAAUUGGUGAAUUGUUUGUUUGAAACCAAGAAUAAAUUGUAGUAAACGAUUCUGUUCAAGGGGAAACUACAUUAUUUAUAUGAUGAAAAUAGCUCAAAUGCCAACAUAAAAUUUAAAUGGCUGUCAAAUGAUUUGAAUUACCUGGGAAUUAGUGGGUUAAGAAGUAUGAAUGGACUUUUUUCCCUCCCUCUGAGAUGGCUCAACUAACCCUCUUAUUGCAGGCCACAUUGCAUUUUACUACUCUGGGAAAGAAAACGUAGUACACAGAUGUUACUGAAAUGCUGAAGUACACAUUGAUGUUACUGAAAUGCUGAAAUUGCUCCACAGACAAAUUGAUUCUGAUAAGAUUUCCUUUGAUAAGAACACAGUACUCAGAAGUAGAUCUUCUAUUGAUGAUGAUCCUACUCAAUCAGCAUCAAAGUGACGAGUGAUUACUGCCUUUGUCUUCAUACAAUAAUCCUUGUCCUUGAGCAUUUUUUUAUGUAUCAAAGAAUACAUGUCACAGCAUCCCAAUGGCUAUCGCAAGGAGCAUUCAAAAAUUGGCUUACUAACUGCAAAAGUGAUGUCAUGACUACUGAUAGUGAGAUAGUUGAGCCUGCCUACCCGACGAGGAUAUCUUUUCAGGUCAUUUAAUGGCUCCCCCUAACCCUGAAGAAGCUUGAUAUUGGGAUCUAUAGAAGUAUCACAAGGACGACAAUCAAGCAUUACAGUUUCAAUAAGAAUGUUCAGGACAUACUUAUGUUGAUUAAUGACAAUUCCAGAAGCAGAUUGAUGAGCAACUUCAAUAUCUAAGGAAUAUUUUAGAGGACUCAGAUCUUUAGUAUGAAAUUGUUGUGAAAGCUAGUCUUUGAGUUUUCGAAUUCCAGUCUCCUCGUCACCCAUGAUGACAAUGUCAUCAAUAUAAACAAGGUAAAUGCACUUGCCAAAAGAGAGUGAGAAACCUAAUUAUUAAGAAUGGAGGAAGGCAUGCAGUUGAUAAGAUAAUAUGUUGGUAGGGCAUCUCCCCAGAAGCGAAAGGGAAUAUUGUGGUGAAGAAGAAGGGUACAGACAAUUUCAGCCAAGUGUCGAUUCUUUUUUUUGAUGACACCAUUCUGGUGGGGUUUUGUGAGAGCAAGAUGUUUGAUGGAGGAUACCCUGGUAACUUAAAAGGUUGAAAAUUGGGAAGACAUAUUCACAAGCAUAUUUUAAUAGAGGUGCCAGAUAAGAUUUGAUUGCUGACAGAUUCAAACUCGGGUGGAAGUCCAACAAGUGUAAGAACGGUAAAAAAACUUGCCCUGUUGUUUAGCAUGCUUGUCUGCAUCAUUAGUGAAAGGCAUAAGUGAUUCCAAAUCAGCAAUUAAGCGAUCGAGCUUACCAAGAUAUAUUUGUAUAUCAUGAUCACCGUGAUAAGAUUGAAAAUAACAUUAUAAAAGGCAAUGAAAAUCAUUGGAAUAUACUCUCUUGGCCUUGUUCCACACAUCAUAACAAGUAGUAAAAGCAUGGUAUUGGGGCUGCAAUUUGGCAUCAAUAGAGAACCAGAGAAUUCUAAACAAGGAGGCAUCAAUUUGCAUCCAUUAGGCUUGUUCAUGGUGGGGAAUGUCUUGGCUUGUUUGGUCAAGUGGUCAGCACGAACUUGACCCUGAAACCAUAGGUUGACGGCAGCAGCCCAGGAGCUAUAAUUGGUCGUCUCGUUCAGUUUUUCACAUGAGAUCAGUGGGGCAUUGGUAAAAGUAACAGCAGGGGAAGCCAUGGUAAAAUAAAUACCGAAAAUGGGCUAAAAAGCAAUGUCGGGUGAAACACAGUUUGCCAAGUUGGAGCACGGUUGGCAAGGUUGGAGAAUGGUUGGUGGAAUUGGAGCACGGACGGCCAAGUAGGAGCACAUGGGUUAGAGCAUGACAGUUAGGAAUAGGUGGCGUGUGGUGGUGCGUGCAGUGGCAGAUUGAAGCAGUGCUGGUGGUCAUCGGAGGAAAAGGACUCGGUGACAAAGAGAAAAAAAAAGGGCACACAGGGCCGUAGGUACUGUUCAUCCGAAAAGAAAAAAAGAGAGAAACCCGAUGUUGAACCUAAACUACUGAUACCAUAUAGAAUUGUAAAUGUUUAAUUGUGUCUAAUGCAAACCACAAAUGUUCUGCAUGAAUUGUGUCUAAGACAUACCACACUGCAUAUAUUUAUAGCAUAAUACAAAAUUAAUUAUAAUAAAUACACCUAAUAAUUAGAAAUUAAUCAUUCUAAUUUCCAUGAUUAUGUAAUGCCUAAUUCCUUAGAAAUUUGUAACAGCUGCCUUCAUUCUAACAAAAAUAUUUGGUGAAAUAAGUGAACACUUUGAUUGUAGUGUUACAAAAAAAGAAUAAGAGUUAAUUCACUUUGAUUGUACUGCAAUAAAUAUAUAACAUAAAUCAGAACAACAAAACAUCUUUAUUAAAGCAUCCUUAAGUAAGUUCACUAACCCACCAAUCUGUGGUAGAUUGAAUCAAGUUAUAAAAUUUGUGCUUCAUCAAAAAGUGAAUUGCGUAGAGUUGAUUCAUUUUUACUCAACCUAUGAAGAGUCACCAUGUGAGUCAGGUUGAUUUACUUUGACAUUCUUAGACAUAAGCACGCCACUGUAAUUGCUCAUUGGCCUUAUUGGUGACAUGCUUAAUAACACUCUCAUUGACCUUAUUGUGACCUGCUUAUUAAAAUAACACUGUUUGCUCAUUGGGCUUUGUAUCGCUCUCUCCUCCGGAUGA